AUGAUACACAAGGCAGCUGAAUGGGAAAAAGACAAGUUACAUUGGUACUUGGCAAUUAAACAUAUAUUUAAAAAUAAGAUUUUUUUCUUACAGUCCUAUUUUGUAACGGAUUAUGACCCAACCAUUGAGGAUUCCUACACAAAGCAGUGUGUGAUAGAUGACCGAGCAGCCCGGCUAGAUAUUCUGGAUACAGCAGGACAAGAAGAGUUCGGAGCUAUGAGAGAACAGUAUAUGAGAACUGGCGAGGGUUUCCUGCUGGUCUUUUCAGUCACAGAUCGAGGCAGUUUUGAAGAGAUCUAUAAGUUUCAAAGACAGAUUCUCAGAGUGAAGGAUCGUGAUGAGUUUCCAAUGAUUUUAAUUGGUAAUAAAGCAGAUCUGGAUCAUCAAAGACAGGUAACACAGGAAGAAGGACAGCAGUUAGCGCGACAACUUAAGGUAACAUACAUGGAGGCGUCAGCCAAGAUUAGGAUGAAUGUAGAUCAAGCUUUCCAUGAACUUGUCCGGGUUAUAAGGAAAUUUCAAGAGCAGGAAUGUCCUCCUUCACCAGAACCAACACGGAAAGAAAAAGACAAGAAAGGCUGCCAUUGUGUCAUUUUCUAAGAAUCCCUUGAAUUUUAGCUACCAACUGCCAGGAAAAGCCCUCAUCUUCUCCUUCUCUCCUUAUGGUUUACAUCACAUCACGUUGGUACCUUUCUAGCCUUAGACAAAUGAUCACCGUGGUAGCCUUAGACCUAGAAGCUGGCUAAUCCUUUCUGUGAAGCUAAUCCUAUGGUCAUUUCAAGACAGAUUUAAAGGAAACACUAAGGCUGCUUCAAAGAUUAUCUGAUUCCUUAAAAAUACUGAUCUAUAUACACAGACACAUUUCUUUUUUAAGGGCUUACAUUUUAAUAGGGAUGAAUCAGUUUUGGAACCUAAGCUAUUUGCCAAGCUGAAGUCAUAGGUUGUGAAAUAACUUUUACCUUCUGGAAUCAUAUUUCCUAUUGUUACUCUAAAUAGAAACGUAAGGAGUUUUUCUAAAAUGUGAAUUUUUGCCUAAAAAUUUUGAUGUCAACUUUAGUUAACCUGAAAUACACUGAAUUGAACCACAAAAAUGAGACAUCUCUAGACCUUUACUGAUGCUACAGCCUUUGUUUUCCAGUGGCCAAAAUACCAAAUGCCUAUUGUAUUUAUAGGUUAAAAACUGCAUAUGAAGCCUUUAUUAAGUGCUCCACUCCUGAAGAGGAUAGUAAUGUUCUGUAUGGCCAAAUAUUUGGACUUAUUCUGGACUUAAGGCAUUUCAAUGUUCUUGGUUUUUUUAAGUUAACUCUUUUCACAGCCUUGUCGAGAGUAAAAAUAAAUAAUUUC